AUGUCCUCGCAAGACCAAGCACUAGUUUCUAUUAUCUCCCAGUUAGCCCUAUCCUUCGACGGCGCCGUUUUAGGUUUAUCCUUAGCCUACGUCGCCGUUCGCUCCAUUCAAAAAUUCACCCUCACCUCCGCCGCUCUCCGUAAGAUCACCCACGCUCCUUCCGUCUCCGUCUCUGACCUUCGCUCGCUCCUCGACGAGACCGUCUCGGAGGAUGAUGGAAACAAUUCCGGCGAUGGUAAAAUCGUAAUUGUACGUGGUACUGUUGAUGCCAAGUCCGCUGUUGACGGCAGUUGGAAAGCCUUGUGGCCUGGGGUUUUGAUUUCUCGUGAGUCCGGUGAUAAAGGCGUGGUUCUUCAAAGAACUCAAACGUGUAUAUACAGUGAAUGGAAAGGCUUAUUUGGAUGGACUUCUGAUCUUCGAACCCUAUUUGCAAGAUCUCGGAGACCACGAGAGUCCACAUCCUUAAGAAAGGUGCCUUUUGUUCUCAUUGAUGUUGGACAACAGUCAAAUACUGAAUAUGUUGUUGUCAGCAUGGAUGGGUCGACACAUCCUUUACCUCUUACAACAGUUUAUCACAAUUUGCAACCCAUAAAUCCUCCUUAUACUCUCUUGCAAGCUUUUUUUGGGCAUGAAUAUCCGGUUGGACUGCUUGAUGAAGAGAAAAUUCUUCCCUUGGGGAAGGAUAUCAAUGCUGUAGGCCUUUGCAGUUUAAGAAAUGGAAUUGCUGAAAUAAAGUCUUGCGAAGAUCUUCCAUAUUUUCUGUCUGACUUGAGUAAAAAUCAGAUGGUUGUAGAACUUUCCUUCAAAACAAGAGUAUUGUUUUGGAGUGGCAUUCUUCUUGGUUCAAUGUCAGUUGGGAUCAUUGGCUAUGCAGUUGUGAGGAAUUGGAAUAGAUGGAAACAAUGGAAGCAUCGAAGGCAGCUCCAACAACAAAGGCCAACAAUCACUGAAGUUGAUUCUCAGCUAGAUGACGAUGAUAUUGAAAAUGUUCCAGACGGACAAUUAUGCGUUAUAUGUCUGACGAGGAGAAGGCGUUCCGUUUUCAUUCCAUGUGGGCAUCUUGUAUGUUGCCAAGGGUGUGCUGUAUCAGUUGAAAGUGAAGUGGCGCCCAAGUGUCCAGUUUGUCGCCAGGAGGUUCGGGAUUCAGUUCGAAUCUUUGAAGCUUGA